AUGAAUUCAGAAAAGUGGCAACCAGAUAUAUAUUUAGAAGAUAAGUCUUUUUCAGCCUCAUUUUUAGUGUCAAUUAGAAGGUCAGAAGCAGGAUUAAAUCUAGUCAGCAAUAUUGGAUAA